AUGGCGAUUUCCAAAGGAUUGGAAACGCUAAAAUUCAACGACGCGCUUGUUGGCACGGUCAACAAGCCAAUUCCAACAAAAGAUCUUGUUUUGAGACUCCAACAGCUGCAAAACGAGCUCUCUUCUUUGGACCAGGAUAAAGUCGAUCUCAAGUCGUUGGACAAGAUAAAGGAUUCAUUGAUCAACAAAAAGCUGGUGAAACACUCAAAUAGUGGCGUUCAGGCAUACUGUGCUUGUUGUUUGGCCGAUGUUCUCCGUUUCUACGCCCCAGACGCUCCGUAUAACGCAUCGCAACUCUCGGAUUUGUUUGGGUUGUUUUAUUCUCAGUUCAAACAACUCAAUAACCAAGACGGCCCAUACUACCAUCAACAAACAUACCUUUUAACAAGACUUGCCGAGACGCGUUCGGUUGUCCUGAUCACCGACCUUCCUAACUCGGAGGCUCUUGUGGAGCAGAUCUUUGACAUUUUCUACAACUUAGCGUCCUCAGGAACCUUCAACAGCAGACUGGAGCCGCUGGCCUGCGAGAUUCUCAGUGAAGUCAUUGCAGAGUCCAGCACAAUCCCUACGAAAACUUUGAAACUGAUUUUGAACAAGUUCCUUGCCAAUACCAUGGUUUUGAAAAAAGGUUCUACUUCGAUCCCUGGGUUUAAAUUCACUCUGGAAAUUUGCAACUCCAACGCCGACAGGAUGUCGCGUUUGCUCACACAACUUUUCUCAGAAACGAUUUACGAGGCAACAAGAGGAAAGGAAAACGAAGACUAUGACGAAGACAAAUCCGACAUUAAUAAAUUGCUCGAACAGCUCAAAAAACUGCACACUUUGGCCAUAGAAUUGUGGAAGUACGUUCCAGAGAUGCUUUCGUCUGUUAUGGGACUGAUUGACAACGAACUUGAUGCCGAAGAGGAAAAGAUCAGGAUCACUGCUACCGAAACUAUUGGCAAGAUGUUGGCUAUCCCGAACUCUCGUCUCAACUUCGCGAGCGCACAUAACGAUACAUAUAUGAACUGGCUCAAGAAACCACUGGAUAAGUCGCCUCACGUUAGAAGCUUCUGGGUCAAAUCUGCCAUUCAGGUCAUUUCGAAAAAACCAAGCAUUGCAAGCGAACUUUCAGGCGGUCUUGUCAAAACUUUGGUCGAUAGCGAUGAAAGAACAAGACUCACAACCGUCAGGGAGCUCUCAAACAUCAACCCAAGCGUCUUUAUCUCAAAGGUUGCUAACAAAACAAUAAUGAAUACUUUGGGCCAGCUGGUGAGAGAGAAACACUCAGAAAUCAGAAGUUCCUGUCUCCAGCUUCUGGGAAACAUUUAUGACUCCAACUUUGAUCUCCUUUACAAAGGAGAUCCAACACUCGACCAACUGGUAGGAUGGAUUCCCGACGAUGUGCUGAAGCUGGUGUACAUCAAUGACAAAACUGUCAACGCCCAGGUCGAUUAUACCCUAUUUGAACUGAUCUUACCAUUUGAAGAAGACCACUAUAAACGUGUUACGAGACUACUCACGGUUGUCGAUCAUCUUUCAGAAAAAGGCCGCAGCUCGUUCUACGCGAUUGUCAAAAGGCAACAGCAGUUAUCCAAGGCUGUGAAUCAGCUGCUCACUCUUGCUGAAAUGAAGCAAACCGAGGAAGUCUCUUCAAAGUUUGAGAAACUUAUCAAUUGGCUGGUUGCUUCGUUCCCUGAAACGGUUGACUGUCGAGCAGCAUUGAGACAGUUGGUCAAGCUGAAUAAUAAACGCUAUUUCAAGCUGAUUAGGGUCUGUGCGGAUAUGAAGUCGGAUUACAAGACAGUGUCAAGCUCCACGAAAGAGCUGUUCAAUAAAGUGAGCGAGCUUAAGAAUAUCAAGAUCGAGGACGAGCAAAGCGUCUCUCCUCACGACAUGCUAUUCACCGUCAAGUUGCUUGUUUACCGGUCGUCUGUGAUCUUCUACAACCAGAACAAUAUUGGACAUAUUCUCAAGGCUACCAAGGACUCGUCUAACCAAAACAACAAGAUCGCUCAAGAUAUCCUCGAGAAUAUCUCGACCGUUGUUCCUGAAGUUUUAAGUGCAAACAUUUCCACGUUAGUGCAAGCACUUCUACACGGAGAAGACAUUGGAGUGAAGGACAUGAAGGCAAUUUAUCAGUUUGGUAAGAAGUUUCCUGAUUUGUUAAAUCCUGGUGAUGAUGAGGAAUAUAUUGAGAGUUUGAAAAAAAUUGCCAUGAAUGGUUCUCCUUCUGAAGCCAAAUACGCAGUCAGAUUACUUGGGCAGGUUCCUCGGAGCGUGACAAGAGAAGUUGUUGUUUCUGAGAUCAUGGACGAGAUUUGGCCGCUCGAUCUUGCCAAAGCGAACCUCAACACUUCGCUUGCAACCAUUUCCGAGCUGUUCUUGACAGAUUACAACGUUUUGGAAGAUAAGACCAAAGAGCUUAGUUCUGUGCUUGCAUCCCAGAUUUUGCUCAUGAAUCAGACCGUUGGAAAAGAAGAUGAAGAAGACGCCAACGGAUGGAUCGCCGAUAACGAGUUGCAAAAUAACAAGGACUGUCACUCAAAAUUACUAGCCAUCCAGAUCUUUGUGAAUUGGCUCAUAGCAGUCGAGGAGGCAGAAAACGCCGCCAAAGUCGCAGAGCCUGUUUUCAAGCUUCUCAAGUCGAUCAUUGGCAAUGGUGGAGAGAUCGUCUCCGUCAAGUCGGAGACGUACCCUACUCCAAAACAAUAUCAGUCAAGAUUGAGAUUGGAAGCAGGAACUAAGCUAUUGAAACUAUCGAGAUAUCCAAAGUACAAUUUCCUUAUUGAGCAGGAAAUGGUCAAUCGGCUGAUCUUGUUGAUCCAGGACGAGAACGAGAAUGUUCGUGCCCAAUUCAUGGCAAAGCUCAAGAAGAGUUUGACGCUUGGAUUGAUCUCUGAUCGGUUUUACCCUCUGGUCUUCUUCAUUGCUCAUGAACCGAACGCGUCGCUUCGUGAGGACACAAAGACAUGGGUCAGAUCGAUGUUCAAGAGAAAACUGAAGACUAACAAGAACGAAUUGCUAUUUGAGAAAUCCUUUGUCCGGAUGCUCAACAUAUUAUCUCACCACCAAGAGUUUUUGGAGUUACUGGAAUCAUCGAAACAGGACUCGAAUUAUAUUCCGGUGUUGAACUUUGCGCUGACAUACAUUUCAUUGGCGUUGGAUUUGAUCUCCAAUGCCAACAACAUUUCGCUGCUAUACUAUCUUGCUUCUCGGAUGAAACAAUACAGAGAUAGACAGACUCCAGAGUUGUCUCCGAACAUGUACCUAGUGUCUGAUCUUACACAGUUCACCAUCAAGUCUUUGUGCAAACACAAGAGUUGGAGUUUGGCAACGUGGCCAGGAAAGUUGACACUUCCAAGCGACUUGUACCAAUCGAUUGGCGAUUCAGAGCAGCUCCAUGAACUUUCUGUGAAAUCAUUCAUUCCUGAAUCAGAAACCAAAGCAUUGACGGAUCUUGUGCGCGAUCGGAUCAAGCACCUUUCUGGCUCCUCUCCACAAGCGGCAGCUGUUGCAGUGGAAAGAAAGAGACAGCUGGAAGAAGAGGAGAAGCCAAAAAGCAAGAAACCCUUAAUCAAAGCCGAGCCGCAACGGAGAAGCUCGAUCCAACGUGCUACCGUCAAUUACAAGGAAGACGAAGAUGAAGAAUAUGUUCAAUAA